AGCCGUGCGAUGAACACAGUACCGCAAAGAGGGAAUCGCUGAUUACUCCAUGGAUUUGAUCUUGUUUUGCAUCAAAUUUUUGGAAAUCAGGGACGCCUACAGCAGGUGAUUCCACAUUUGAACUAUAUUUGCUGUGUUUGUUGAUUGAUUUUGAGGAAUCGAAGGUCAACGCCAUGGAAGCUACUGUUCACUCGAAGUUUUACCUCUCCGAUUCUAUUGAAUCCGGACACUUUUUAUGGCUAAUCUUGUGAUAUGUUGAGCGGUAUGCGAUACCCCUCCUUCUUUUAAAGGCUGAUUUCAAUUUCAUUUGAAUUCCCUCAUGAUUUGAGGAUUUUUGGGAUUCGUAUGUACUGCAUUUGGACUGCGAUUUUGUCAAUUUUUGCUUGCUUUUUUUUAUUAGCUUUGUUGUUGCGUUGGGUUUGAGAGGUUGUUUAUGGUGUUUUAACAACAUUUCUUUGAGUGAUUGAAAUUUGUGGAAUGACCUGGGUUUGAGAGGUUGUUUAUGGUGUUUUAACAACAUUUCUUUGGUGAACAUCCCACCCCUUCCCUCAACCUCCUGCUUUGUUCAUACCCAAGAAGGUUAGAUGCUUAUCCUCUUUUUUCUCUGUCUUUUUUUGUUCUUACUAGACUUGUACCCUUUCAAAAGAAUAAACAAAUGCAUCGUUGUUUCGGUAGAACCGAUGCCUUAUGCUUUCUAAAGAAUUAAAUUUUUGAUUUUUUUAAACAAACAAAGGCAUCAAUAAAAUAGUGACAAACAAUGCUAAUAAUCUGUUUUUUUAAUUUAAUAAAAUAGCAAAGGCAUCGGUUGUUUUCAAAGCGAUGCAAUUGAAGUGGACCAAUUGCAUCGCUUGUAUUUGCAUCGGUACAACACCUGAGGGAUACAACCUCUUUCCAGUGCUUUCCAGUGCUUCGUCCUCCACUCUUUCCGCUAGUAUUUUGGUUACUCUCAAUUCAAUUCUAGUGCUCAGGAUACAACCCCUGCCAGCUUGUAUUCCUAAAUCAGGGACAUAUGAUGUGAAAUGUAAAAUGGGAGGUCCCUUUGGCACAAUGAAACACCUCGAUGAGCUUAAAACGGAGCAAACAAUGGCCUUGACAUUACUGUUAGGCGGUUGGAUCCACUUAAGGAGCAUUUUCCCAUCAUUUCACAUACUGACUUUUAGAAGUUAGCUGGAGUUGUGGUUGUUAAAAUUACUGGUGGCCCUGAAGUUCCAUUCCAUGCUUGGAGGCUGGAUAAGGCAAUCCCUUUUCCUUAAGGUCGUUACUAAAGCCCUUGAUCACCUUAAGAUCGUCUUUGGAGAUCAAAUAGGGCUGAGUGACGAGGACAUUAUUGUUGCUCUAUCUGAUGGCCACUCAUUGGUAAAUAUAAUAAAAAUUGAAAAAGAAGGUUGCUCUAUGGUUCUUCUGAAAGGUUAUCUUGCUUUCCGCUCCCUCACGGAGUAAUAUGCUGCAGAUGAGGAUGCUUUCUUUGUUGACUAUGCCGAAGCCCAUUUGAAGGUCUCGGAGCAUGGCGGUGUGCUGAAGGAAGGAUAUGUCCCAUUUAGUUUCUUGUUCCAUUAUUAAAACCAAUUUGAAUAAUCUAUUUUUGUUACCAUGACUGAUAUGCUCUGU